UCAAAUCAAUUCAAAUUUUCACUCCCUGGCUCCUCUCCUCUCCUCUCCUCUCCUCACCCCAAAUCACGAAACCCCAGUACCCCACUCUCUCUCUCUCUCAUUUCAAACCCUAACGUCUGAAGUGAACCUUUCUCCAUAAAACAAUUUGAAUUAAUCUCCGUUUCCGUGUUCCAAAUUGGUUUCGAGGAGAUGCCGCCCCGUAACCAGAACCGACCUCCACGGAGUCCCUCUGCUAAAAAGGAAUGUGUCAACACCAUUCCCUUUGAUAAACGUAGAAAAUUGGAAACUGCUGCCGCUGUACGUAGGCAAGCGUUUGCUGUUGUUAACAAUAAGCAAGAUGGUUCGUCCAACACUGAUGUCGGCAGUACAGAGGAGUGUGGCAAGGUGGAGUUCACAAAAGAAGAAAUUGAGGUGUUGCUCAAUGAGAAACCAAAAGCAAACAAGUUUGACUCAAAGGCCAAGAUUGAGCAAAUGACUGAACUUAUCAAGAGACUCAAGGUUUGUGUCAAAUGGUUUCAGCAAGUAGCAGACAACAAUCUCCAGGAGAACAACAAUCUUAGGAUUUCACUAGAAUCUGCACAGAAAAGAUGCACGGAGACAGAGGUUGAAAUGAAAUGUAAAGAAGAGGAGUUUAACGUAGCUUUUGCACAAUUGAGGGAAAACAGUGCCUCUUUACAAAUUAGACUUGCAAAUGAAGUAUCAGAAAAGGAAGAAGCAAUUAACUGCCAUAAAAGGGAAAAUGAGGCUAGGGUUGCUGCUGAGAAGUUGCAGGUUUCUCUGAGGGAGGAGCUUGAAAAAUCUCAGCAAGAGAUAAUUGCUGCGAAGCAAAAGGCCACUUCACUUGAAGAUAUGUACAAGCGGUUACAGGAAUAUAACACAAGUCUACAGCAAUACAACAGUAAACUUCAGACUGACCUAGAAGCCGUUCGUGAAUCAUUGAAUCGAGUAGAAAAGGAGAAAUCAACAAUUGUGGAGAACCUUAGCACUCUGAGGGGUCACUAUAAGUCACUGCAGGAUCAGUUGACAUUAUCCAGAGCUUCACAAGACGAGGCCGUUAAUCAGAAAGAGUCAUUGGUUAGUGAGGUGAAAUGCCUUCGUGGAGAGCUGCAACAAGUGAGAGAGGAUCGUGAUCGCCAAGUAGCACUGGUCCAAUCCUUGACUGCUGAGAUAGUCAAGUACCAAGAAAGUACCGGGAAGUCCUGUCAAGAACUAGACAACAUGACAACAAAAAUAAAAUGCUUGGAGGAAACAUGUUCCUCUCAAAGAGAGCAAAUAAGGAUAAUGGAGUGCCAGCUAGCUGUUUUAAAUGAGAAAUUAAAGGUGGCUUCUUUAUCUGCUUCAGAAACAAAGACAGAGUUUCAAGAGCAAAGGAAACUUGUGCAUGAAUUGCAAGAUCGUCUAGCAGACGCAGAACAUCAACUUCUUGAAGGAGAGAUGCUAAGGAAAAAGUUACAUAACACUAUUCUGGAACUGAAAGGCAAUAUUCGGGUAUUUUGUCGGGUGCGUCCUUUGUUACCAGAUGAUGGUGUUGGAGCAGAAGCAUCUGUCAUUUCCUAUCCGACAUCAGUGGAAGCUUUAGGCAGGGGCGUGGACUUAAUGCAGAGUGGACAAAAGUAUCCUUUCAUGUUUGAUAAGGUUUUUAAUCAUGAGGCUUCUCAGCAAGAUGUUUUUGUAGAAAUUUCUCAGCUAAUACAAAGUGCCCUUGAUGGUUAUAAGGUUUGCAUCUUUGCUUAUGGACAGACCGGUUCUGGUAAAACCUAUACCAUGAUGGGUAGGCCUGACGCUCCAGGGGAGAAAGGGUUGAUACCUCGUUCACUAGAGCAGAUAUUCCAAACUAGUCAAUCUCUUUCUGCACAGGGUUGGAAAUACAAAAUGCAGGCCUCGAUGCUGGAAAUAUACAAUGAAAACAUUCGCGAUUUGCUAUCAUUGAGUAGAUCAAGUUGUUCGGACUUAACACGGACAGAAAAUGCCAUUGCCGGGAAGCAAUACAGUAUUAAGCAUGAUCAAAAUGGAAAUACUCAUGUUUGCGACCUCGCUAUUGUUGAUGUCUGCAGCAUAACGGAGAUUUCCUCGCUUUUGAAGCAGGCUGCACAGAGCAGGUCAGUAGGUAAGACACAAAUGAAUGAGCAGUCUUCAAGAAGUCAUUUUGUGUUUACAUUGCGGAUAUCUGGGGUAAAUGAGAGCACUGAACAACAAGUUCAAGGUGUCUUGAACCUUAUUGAUCUUGCUGGUAGUGAGCGACUAUCAAGGAGUGGGGCAACAGGUGACCGUUUAAAGGAAACUCAGGCCAUAAACAAAAGUUUAUCAGCUUUAAGCGACGUCAUUAUGGCUCUAGCAAAGAAGGAGGAUCAUAUUCCUUUCCGGAACUCAAAACUAACAUAUCUCCUACAGCCAUGUCUUGGUGGGGACUCUAAAACAUUGAUGUUUGUAAAUCUCUCUCCUGAUCCUUCUUCUGCUGGUGAAUCUCUUUGCUCACUUCGUUUUGCUGCCAAAGUCAAUGCUUGUGAAAUUGGCAUUCCGAGACGCCAGACGGUAAUGAAGCUAGCAGAUUCUCGGUUGAGUUGCAGCUAAACUUUGGGAGCCAUUGUUUUAAUGAUUCAGGACACAAGCUGCCACAUUCGCAAGUAAUACAGAAUUAUGAUUAACGUUUGCUUAUAAUUUUUAAUGGUGUUAUUUGGAUGUGUAUGUGUAUCAUGAUUUGUAUUCUUUUAAAUAACAUAACGUUAGGAAUAUUGGUUUUGUUAGUUGCACAUCCGGUGCAAUUUAGUUGUCUUAACAACUUGGACUUUUAAAUGUUGUAUUGAGAAAUCAUUUGAUGAAUACAUAUGCC